AGCAUAAGCUCCUGGCAUGGCUCAUAUGCUUCUCUUGUACUAAGACCGUCCAAAAUAGCAACAAGAAAGCAUGUAACUAAAGACAUAGCAGGAGUGUAGGAAUUCACCCAGGCCUUCAAUGUUCUAAAGAUUUGAACAAUUCCUCAUUUUAAACCUUCCAAAAUGCUAAGCAUUAUGUAUUUUCUUCGGAGCUUCUUCAAGAGCCCAGAGCCAGCUGACAACUACGUCAGUGAAGGAGAGUUUGAAGAUGAUCUGAGUUCUUCUGCUCCAAGUACAAUAGAGCUGGAGAUACGUGGAUCCAGCCAAGACACUGAUGAAGACUAUUUUGAGACCCUGUCACAUCAGAGUGGAUCUUUGUCAGAUGUAAAAACUGAGCUUUAUGAGAGUGCAUCAGAGACAGAAUCUGUUGCCAGUGAUGUAACAGGAGAGACUUGCUUGGAUUCAAACUGCCUUUUUACAGAAAAAACAAAUCUGUCCUGUAGUGUUCCUACAGCCCUGUGUGAACUUAAGUGCUCAAGACAAGCAGAAUUCAGUCAGCAGGUGCAGUUAGACUUGUCUUCCAAAAUAAAAGCAGCACCAAGCAAGAAUGACUUUUGCACACACACUACAAAGUCAGAAUGCAAAGCAGGUGUUAAAGAUGUAGCAUUAACCAGCAGUACUUCCAACACAGAGAACCAAGUGAGUGAAGAGAGCAUUAUAUCACAGACGGAUAGAAAGUUCAUAGUAGGGUUGCAAAAUAAAACAGAGUUUGACAUCAGUAAAACACAGGCCUGUACCAAUUCAGUAUCUACCAAAGAUGCUGUUACAAGACAGAAGGAUUGUCCUGCAGUAUUAAGCAUUGCUUUUUUCAGAACUAACUCAGAAAGUUGUUUGAUUGUACCUGAGGUACAGCAACUUUCCUUCCGGUCAGAUGUAGCAUCAAGCUGCAGUUUGCCUAAUCUCCAUUCUGAAGCAAAUGGACCUUACCAUAAAAGUUCCACUGAGACAUCCAAGUAUAAAUGUGAACUAGAGUCCAUGUCUAGUGUAAAUUGCAACAGGAGGAGCCCCGCUGACAAUGAGGAAGCUACAAGUGAAAGGAUAAGACAUGGCAAUACAGAGGCCAUGUUGUCGUCACAUUCGUUUUUUUACCAGCACCACUUCAAAUCAAAACCUUCAACUUGUGAAGAUACAAGUUCAGAGACUAUAGGAAGUAAAACAUGGCACAGUGUGCCUGAAAAUAUCAGUACUCAAAGCGAGGCAGAAUAUUUGGUGAACUACAUUCAUCCAAAAGAUAAAUUUAGAUGGUCUUGCUCCAGAGUACAUCUUCAAGGACUUGAUUUUGAAUACACUUGGAAAAAUUUAGGAAGGGUACCUGUCAGCUCUGAAAAGGCAGUCAGAGUAGAGGGCAAAUUUGGCGUUGAAAGACUCCUUCUUGAAACUAGCAUAGACUCAGAUGAGCUUUCUCAACCAUCAGGCGCCUUCCAGUGCCCUGAUCUUUAUUUGCACCCUGAACAAGAGGGCAGUGGCCUUAGUCCAGAAGAAGCAGAUACUGGUGGAUCCUCAUCCACCCAGACCGAUGAACGUGAAUGUAAUCAGAAACAAAAGGAGACUUCAUCUACCCUGGGCUGUGAACCAGUGAUUUUAAAUGUUCAAGAACUUUCAAAAAAUAAUCAGUAUAAAGUUGAAAGAGAUCUGAAAGCAGACAGAUUUCCUUCAGAAAUUAAUGUUGAAUUUGGCACUGAUGACACUGAGAACAUAGCAACUUGUCAUAUAGGUUUUCCUGCUGUUGUGGAAAAUGGAGAUUGUAAUUGGGCUGUAAACUGUGCUGGUACUGGUAAAACACAGCAGAAAUGUUCAAAGGAAAAUGUUCUGGAAUCAGGAAUGUCACAUAUCGAGGUCGUGAUAGGGGAAAGAAAACCAGAUGAUCCUUCUAACCUUAACUUUGGUUGCAAAGUCCUGGAAACCACAUUGCAACCAGGUGUCAGUAACACUGAGAUAGAGCACACAGAUACAGCACAGCAAAUUACAAGUUGCCAGACUGGUGCCUUAAGGAGUUCCUCUGAACCAGUAGGAAAUGAAUAUCCUACUCAUCCAGGAGAAGAUGGAGACAGUGUCUUUGCUGUGGAAAUGACUCCCAAAUUAGCUAGUGUGAACCAGGGAAGGCACUUGAUGAAUCAGUCUGAGUUAAAGCCUGCCCUGAUUAUAAUAUCUGUAGAGCAGAAGGGAUUACAGUCCAAGACUCUGAGUGAUGACCCUUGUACUGAAACAGUAACUGGAACAUUGAGAAAUGCAGUGAGAAAGGAUUUGGUAGAUCCUCAUAUUGUCAGCAAAGCUCAUAUUGAGCCAGAGAGAGUUCUGAGUGAGUACUGUAGCUGUGAGGAAUCAGUUUUGGCCACCUCUACUGGUAAUGCAGAACCACUCCAUGAUGGGGAUACAGCUGAAGGAAGAACAGACAUUUCACAAGAGCAGAGCAAGAAAGCAGUUUCCUCCUUUGCACUCACCUCUAGUAAUUCCACAAUAACGAGUGGAAAGGUAGAAUUCAGCAGUGUCCCUGCUCCAUUGAGUAAUGACAUGUUUAUUGCAGAAAAUCCUGCAGAUAAAUGUGAGGAAGUACUGCUAAAAUCUGACAGCAGAAGUGGUGCUAUGAUCUUUGAGACAGAGCCACACAGAGCAAAGACUGAUUUGGAAUUAGAACAGUUCAGAAAGCCAUGGGCUGAAAGAAAGGAUGACCAGGUGACUAAGGAAGAGGAAUUGCAAGCAUAUCAAGGCAGAGAGGAAGAUGAUGGUUAUGCAACUAGAGCCAUAGUGCUGGAAACAUGCAGUGCAAGCAACCUGAAUGAGGGAGAUGGUGCUUAUGAGGGCCUUCAGGGGCCCAGCAGCACCUCUGAACAAGUGGUAGGAGAUGAAGGCUGCAGUCGUUCAAAUGAACCAAGAGGUAUUUGUGAAGAAUCUCCUCCUAGGGAAGGAAUGAAGGCCUCUCCUGCAGAAAACACAGCUAGCUCUAGAAAAGACAGUGCAUGGAAUCUAGACAUGUGUGACAUCUUCAACUAUUCUGUGAAACGGGAGGCCCACAGUGCUUGUUGCAUGGGCCUGGAUAACAUAAGCACCUGCAGCACUAACAGUGAGGAAAUGGAUGAGAAUUCAUUCCACGUCCUGGAAAGUAACAGCAGCCUCUAUAAAGCUGGGCAAAAGCCAACAAAGAAUGGGAAUAGUGGGAAAGCCUCCAGGUUUUUUGUUUUCUCAAAAAUGACAUCUUUCAGGAAAACUAAGCCUGUCACAGCUGAAAAUCAGGCAAGCAGCAGCAUCUUUGGCAGCGGGGCUAAAAUAGAAGAACUGGAUGGUGGGAAAGAAGAUGAAGACACUGAAAGUCUACAGUCUUUCAAAAGUUGUUCGUCUGGUUCUGCUUUCCACAGGAAGGAAAGCUGUGCCUCUGAGUACUCAGACGACGACGAUUUAUUCUAUGAGAGGCCUGCAGGAUUAUUCAGUAGAAUGAGCCUGAGGAAGGCUUCUGGCUCUGGUCGAAUACUGAUGGAAGAUACAGACACAAAUUCAACUUCUCCCAUAUUGCCCGCUGUCAAAUAUGCAGAUGGACUAAUUCCAGGUUCAUCUGAAAGCAAUGACAGUGAACCUGUGGAAUACACCAGGAUUAGAAAGUCCUUUCCUGAAAAUGAAUGUAAAAGAAACAAAAAUCCUGAGGGCAAGAAGUUCAGAACAAGGUUGGCCUUGGCACACAAAUCCCUCUCAAGUUUAUUUGAGUCCAAAUCGCCAGACAAGGAAAACACUGAGCAAAGCUCGAAAAUAUCACUGAAAAAUGAAAAGGAGAAAGCCAAACUUCGCCAGAGCACCUGGAAAGCUUUUCUAAAGAGCAAGGAGACAGAUGGACUAAAAAGACCUAUCUUGGCAAAUUUGUCACCAACACAGGAGAGCGUCAACACAACUAGAGGCCAUCUGAUGAGAACAGUGUCAGCAGAGCAACAGGAUGGUUCUGAUGGACAUGCACUUUUGAAAACAGAAACAGCAAACGGUUCUUCACUAGACACCAACUAUUUUGACACCUCUGUGGAGCCUGUUGAUGUCUCUUCACCUGCAGGUAUGUGGAGGAAACGAUUACAGUCCCAUGACUUGGGCAUCAGAUACUCUCAGAGUUCAGACUGUGAUGAAAUGCAAGAAGCUCUGGGGAACAGUUUUAAUGCUUCUCUGGAGGAGUGCUGGACGAAAUCUCCAUUUAGCCCCUCUGAUGUGCAGUUACCAUUUAAUCAAUCAAGUCCAUCGUGUCCCCAGCUUUCAAAUUCGGAAGGUAAAGAUAUGCCUUGCAGGCCCAUGAGUCCCAAACCACAGAGUCCAAGGUCUACUUCCCAACGCAAGAGCUUCCGUUAUCCUGGAAGAAUAUGUGCCACAUCGAUGAUCUCUCUUGGGAACAGCUCUGCAGUUGACUGUGGAUUGGAGGCUCCUGAGAGACCAAAGACACUGAAACCCAGAGGUAGUCUCUUGCUUUCUGUACAUUCGUUGGACAACGAAUACCAGAGGGAUGACAGUGGGAUAAGCAGCCAAUCCCAGAUCAGCUUAAACACAGCUUCUUCCAUUAGUGACGUGCUCAGAGAUGAGGACUCUAGACAGCAAUGUCCAACACCGCCUGAAAAGAGGCCAAAUGAAAAAGGGGUUCCCCAUCGCAAAAGGAGGUCCCCCCAGGUUCCAACAUCCCCACGCCCUUUCUCCACCCAUGAGAACAAAGCCUGGAGGCUUUCCUUCCUUGCUCCAGAUGAAAAAGCCAAGGAGAUUCCGGAGAGGAGGAGGAAGAGACCUAAAUCCCUCUAUAAGUGCUUCAGCUUCGAUGAUAUUUGGAUGCAGAGGAACCAAAAAAGGAAGCUAGAGAAGGAGACACAGCCAGAGAGAGGGACUCAAUUGCAGCAUUUCCCAGAGGACCAGUUAAAAGCUGGAAGAAGUCCAUCCAUCACGUCUACCAUUGCUCUUGACAUCCUACCACUGAAACUGCACCCAUUUUCCCAGAGUACUCCGACAGGCCUGGACUGCGUGGGCUGGAAACGACGCGUCACCUUCCCUGUGAUUGCUGAUGGAGCCCUGGACAAGACAGCUCUGACAGAUGAUGUGGGAAGUGAGGAGGAUCUGUACGAGGACUUCCGCAGCUCCAACCACCGCUAUGGCCACCCUGGGGGAGGAGGAGAGCAGCUCGCCAUCAACGAGCUCAUCAGCGAUGGCAGCGUGGUGUAUGCAGAAGCCCUCUGGGACCAUGUCACGAUGGACGACCAAGAGCUGGGGUUCAAGGCUGGCGACGUCAUUGAAGUAAUGGAUGCUACCAACAAGGAGUGGUGGUGGGGAAGGAUUCUGGACAGCGAAGGCUGGUUUCCAGCCAGCUUUGUACGGCUCCGAGUGAACCAGGAUGAACCCAUGGAAGAUUACCCUGUAAAGGUGGAGGGUGGCAAAGACGACGACUCCAGCAGUGGCACCCGGCGCUUUGGGAUGGGGCAGACCACCAAAGACCAGAUGAGGACCAACGUUAUCAAUGAGAUCAUAAGCACAGAACGAGACUACAUCAAGCAUCUGAAGGACAUUUGUGAGGGUUACAUUAAGCAGUGCCGCAAAAGAGCCGACAUGUUUACAGAAGAACAGCUGAAGACAAUCUUUGGGAAUAUUGAAGACAUCUACAGGUGCCAGAAGAAAUUUGUUAAAGCACUGGAGAAGAAAUUCAACAAAGACCACCCACAUUUAAGUGAGGUUGGCUCCUGUUUCUUGGAAUAUCAAACGGAGUUUCAGAUCUACUCUGAGUACUGCAACAACCACCCCAACGCCUGCAUGGAGCUGUCCCGCCUCACCAAAGUUAACAAGUACGUCUACUUCUUCGAAGCCUGCCGCUUGCUGCAGAAGAUGAUUGACAUCUCUCUGGAUGGGUUUCUGCUGACACCAGUGCAGAAAAUCUGCAAGUACCCACUGCAGCUGGCUGAACUGCUCAAAUACACCAACCCUCAGCACAGGGAUUUUAAAGACGUUGAAGCUGCCUUAAAUGCCAUGAAGAACGUUGCUCGGCUCAUCAACGAGAGAAAGCGGCGACUGGAGAACAUCGACAAAAUUGCUCAGUGGCAAAGCUCCAUAGAAGACUGGGAGGGUGAAGAUGUUCUCGUUAGAAGCUCAGAACUCAUCUAUUCUGGAGAAUUAACCAAAGUCUCCCACCCUCAAGCCAAGAGCCAACAGAGGAUGUUCUUCCUCUUUGAUCACCAGCUUGUCUGCUGCAAGAAGGACCUUCUGCGCCGGGACAUCUUGUAUUAUAAAAGUCGGAUCAACAUGGAUGACAUGGAAAUCCUGGACAUAGAAGAUGGAAAGGACAAGGACUUCAGCAUCAGUGUGAAAAAUGCAUUUAAAUUACACUGCCGUGACACUGAGGAGGUCCACUUAUUCUGUGCAAAAAAGCCUGAGCAGAAACAGCGCUGGUUGAAGGCCUUUGAGAACGAAAGGAGACAGGUUCAGCUCGACCAGGAGACAGGUUUUUCAAUCACAGAGAUGCAGAAGAAGCAAGCAAUGCUAAAUGCCAGCAAGCAGCACCACACUGGGAAGCCAAAGGCUGUCACCAGGCCAUACUAUGACUUCCUGAUGCGACAGAAGCAUCCCACCCUGCCUACCACGCUCCCACAGCAGCAGGUCUUCAUGCUGGCAGAGCCCGCGCAAACCCUCGAACUUCUGGCAGAACAUCAGCAGGCUGACACCCUUCCGGAAAUGAGGACAGCCCCGCGUUUGUGCCUGAACCCCUUCUGAGAAAGCACUUUAUCCACCAGUCCUAGGAGGUGGAGCCCAGGUUCUUCCAAUCCUUUGUUUACAGAGGAUGGCACGUGUGCUCCUGCCUUCUCUAUUUAUCUUGCAGACCAACUGACCCCCUGGCUCUGAGGUGAGAGGCCGCAUGUGUGCUCGCACACGUGUGCAUCUGUGCUUGGUCCCAGCGAGCCAGCCUUGCACAGCACUCAAGACAGACUUCCAGGAAGAGAUGAGAAUGGAGCCUGAUCUGUUUCAUCUGAAAAGGUUUUGCCUGUCAGCUGUACUUUGAAUCAUUCCAUUCUGCUGUGAACACCGCUGCUGUCUGGCAGCUGCUCAGCCUACCAGCUCUGCCCCCCGCUGACAUGCUCAGAACAACAGCUCAGUGUUGCUGACAUUGUAUGUUUUGCAGGGAGGAGCAAAACCCUUCCGUUCUCUGUUCCCCACCUUUCACCUCAAGGACACGAUCCUCCUCCACCCUUCUAACUAACUCAGUUAGCCUCUGCUGGCACUCAGACGAGACAACAGUGAGUAUUGCACUGUGACCCUUUUCUUCCCUUUAAUUCAACAACACUGAUGAACAAUAUAGUUGUUAAACGGUGCCAACCAACCUGCAGCAUGAGUAACGUUCAGGAAUCGCUCUAGUGGGUUCGUUACAGAAGUUAGAGAAAAAUGUGCCUAAAUUGAUACUGUACUCAACUCCUUAGAUUCUCUUCUAUCAUUCUGCCAUAUUUCCUGGCCAAUGAAAAUGCUCAUUGUUUGUAAUGUGUUUAUUUAUGGUAUAAAACCAGAACUGUGUAUUUUGUAAGUCUGUAAUUGUUCUUGUCAGUUGUUAACUCAAUGCCUGUUUUGUCUGUUUUAUUUUUAUUUUUUAAAUAACAAAAGAUCAAUAUUUGCAAACCGCUCCCAGAAGUCAGAGUCUGCAGUUUAAUGGCAAAAGAAAGACUGAAACCACAACUGUUAUGCAAACUUCUACAGACUCAAAUUAUUAGAGGGUUUUGAUACCUUUACAAACAGACAUCCUAAAGCUACUUACAACUGGCCAAGUUUUGGCACUGAAAGCCUCACUUUAGGUACCCAAGUUUCAAACGGUGGCCAAGAGAAACUCAUCUGUACCUUGGUUAGCAAAAAGAAAGAUUUGCCUUACCUUAGUGAGCGUUAGAAGCCAUACUGACCUAAUUCCCUAGCUUAGAGACAUCUUGUGACAGCAGAAAGUAGGCACUCCUUUGUUCCAACAUGAUGCUACUGUAAAUGAGCACUAACUGCCUGCUGAGCUCCCAGGUCUGGUGUUUGAUGCUGUAGCUUACUGAAGUUUGGUCAUCCAGGGACAUCUGAAUUUAGUAGCAUGUACAAAGUCAUUCUUGCACUAUAUCUUCUCCCCAGACCAGGGGCUACAUUUAAUUUCAUAAAGAAACUUGUAAAAGUGACUCUGUCUGUGUCUGACGUGUCUUAUCCAUGUAAAAUUGUUUUUCUUCAAAAUCAUUGUUCCUCUCGUAACCUAGAAUGUGCUGCUCAGCAGCAGAACCAUGCUAGAAGGCCUCAGUGAAGCCAACCACAGAGGGCAGGCAGGUGGAAGUGAGACGUAGUACAAGAGAUGCACCCUCCCAUCACUCAGAACAUGGAUUAAGGUUAGCAAGUCAGCAGCACCUAACUCCCAGCCUCCUGCUAGUUAAAAACGACGAGGAAACAUCAGUAAAACCUUAGGUGAUAAGUAAGCUUACUCUGAGUAAUAUGGAAUUAGAGAGGAUCAGCAAGCUGAAGGUUGGACGAGAACACAACUGCUCCUUAUGGCCCUGCCCACCUGCAGUUUACUGUCUGCUUCCAGGAAAACACACAACACACAACUCCUCUGCAAGGCAGAACCAGAUGCAACAUCCCCACUUGAUGCAGUGCUUCAGAGAGUGGUGAUAAGAAACCACAUGAGAAAACCCUUCCACUCUCAAAGCUGCCUGACUGUGAAGGUGCAGUGCUCUCCCUCCCCCUCCACAUCUCUCCAAGCAGCAGGAAAACAGGGUUUACCAAGCAGGACACAUUCUUGAGCUGCUUUCUGCCUGCCUUGCAGUAACUUGAACCAGUAUAAUCAUUUGCAGAUCUGUUCUGGCAUUGCCAAAAAUGCAUCUGUGGUGGCACGCAGCAGUCAGGAAACCAAGGCACUGGGGCAUUUACAGGAACGGCCUUUAAACACUGCAUAUCCAAGCAUAGUUCAGUGAACACAAACGGGGAAAAAAACAGGAAAAUCUGCACUGCUAAGCUCACAGUGCUCAGCACCUUCCCCUCUCAGCAGCUCCAGCUCCUUCAGCCUGCACACCCUGUGCCCCCUCUCCAUGCUCCCCAUGGCCUGGAGCACCCUGCAGUCAGAGCACAGAAGCAGCAGUUGGGCUGGGCUGCCUGAAAUAAGAAACAAAAGUCUUGAUCACUGGAAGGAAAGAGGUUUCAGGACUUUGGGGGUGCGUGGUGGGAGGAAUCCGACUCCAUAAGAAAGUACUGCAGUAAAGCCCCACUAUUUCCUCCUCAGCAAAUAGCAAAAUUUGAAGUGCCAGGCCCAUGCCCUGUAUGCCCUGAGUCGCCUCCUGGGCUGAACUGCAGACAGGCCUGUCUGCAGCCAUGGGGACGUGGCCACAACCCCAGCUGCAGCUGCACCAUUGCCCGGUGUGAGCACAGCACCAUUUCUCAUUCACCCUUUGCACGUGCACGCUGGUUUUUCUGGGGAACAGGCCACCAUUACCGGGCUUGCACGAGUGAGUUUCAUCCUCCAAAGUGCUGAGCACAGAAACGUUCCUGUUGGACUUCACAGCACCCAGAAUGCUGAAUGAUUACCCUCAGUGCACUGCACCCACCACAACAGGGUCAGCUUUGCAGAAAGCAUGCAUAAAUAACAGAACGCAGUCGUUAACUUUUGUGUUUACCCUGAAUGUCUGCACCUCUCCUUUCCUCUUCCAUGUCUGUUUUGAUUGGCCAGGAAGAAAAAUGCAUUGGCACGGGAUCGAUCCAUUUUCUGAGGUUAGGAGCUCUGUACUCGAGGGAGGGGGAGGAAUGCUGGGUUAAGGCAGCCUGACCCAGGCCAGAAGGGGCUUUGGGAGUCGAUGUGGUGCAAUCCCAACACCACGUCCUGGAAUAAGCCUCAGUGGCACGCUGCUUCAGGUUGCUCACAGCCAAGGCUGCUGCGAGUGCUCAAGGAUGAAGGUUCUCCAAAAACUCUGGGUCCCAGUUGAGCAAAGGACCAGCCAUACUCUGAAAAAAGUUACUGCACCCAUUUGAGGGCCUAUUUGCACCUUCUGAUACCUGUUUUUAAUGCAUAUUUUGUACUACACGACACUUUUAAGUCUACACUGAAGUCACUCCAGUACAAAUUCCCAUCUAUUCUACUGAAUGAAAUGGCACAAACUACACAGCACCCAAUGCUCUGCAGGUUCUUGGUGCACUAAAAGACAUCCCCACACCAACAUACAGCUAAGAGCUGGCUACUGGCACCUCUGUAGCAAUACUUAGUACAUAUGCAUCAAAUCACUGAAGUUGCCAGAUUACUUGGCACCUUUACCAGAACUCGUUUCAUAUCUCAUCUCACCGGUGCACACAGAAAAUUUAUAUAGAGAGACUUUAUAGAAAUAUUUAUAAGUGCCAAAACAGACUUCUCCAGCCAAACAUCAUCCUGGUGAAAGAAAAGUUAUUUAUUUACAGCAGAGAGAAAUUCGUUCUCCCUGAGACUGCCUAUCAGUAAUAUUCUUAAUAAAGUGGCUUCAGUUGGGAUCCUGCUCUUGUAAGGAAAAAUUGGAGAGAGGAUCUGAUUCCCUAUGCAAGACUGAAAUCAGGUACAAAAGUUGAUCACACAGAAAGAGUGGCAAGCUUGUAACAUAGCAGGUGGAGUUACAGCACUAAUUAACAGGUAAGAAUCCAACUCGCUUUGCUCAGCUUAACCACACCCCCACAUCUGUACACCCAUCUGUGCAUCUGCAAGGGAUUUCAUCAAGGAAUGACCUUCUUUCCUAUCCAGUACCAACUCCACCAACACCUGUUAUUUCCUGAGUGAACCGCAUAUCCAAUCUCGUGUUACCUCCACUGAUUUCAGAUGGUCAUGCACUCAAGCCAUCUCAUCUCCUAAAUUCUUACUGAAUCAAUGGUCAAGUGUACAUGUGCUAUAAAGAUGUGCUAAGCAAAGUAACCGAUACUGCACUUCCUUGCUCAUCUUUCACCUGGAUUUUCAAUGGAGGCAUUCAGCCUUGUACUGUCAAGUAGAAUUGUCAGAGAGAAUGCAUGCAAAGGACGCAAGCUUUACGAGCUUUGUGUGUGUGCACGCUAGGUGAUGACCUUGUAGACCUUCCCAAACUCAUCAUAAAGGGGUUUUCUGACAUAUGAGCAACAGGUUAAGUGACAAGCUUCAAGCUUUCUGAGCAUACCAGGCAGAACCGUCUCAGAUUCACCAGAGAAGUCCACCUGAAGCAUGACCAAGCAGAGAGACAAAACUGCAAUACUCACCUCCCUUCCUUUGGAGAUGAACCCUCUGCAUGACCAGAAACAUACAUUUCCAUGCAAAAAACAAACAAACAAACAAAAACUCAUAAAAACAAAACCCAAACCAAACCAAAAUGAGAAAUCCAAAGUUCCUGCACUGAGUCUCAACUCGAGCCAGGGGCUGUUGGGUUGUCCUGGUUGUUUCUGCCCUCUUCCCUCCUGUAGUUAAGUGCAUGGGAAAAAUCUUGUGAAAAGCAGUUGUGUUUCCCAAUGAGCAAAGCCUGGGCAGACUCCACUCAGGCAAUGCAUGGGUUUAUGUGAACCAGUCACAAGAAUGGCUCGCUGAAGCUGCCACUCCAACCAAGAGUGGCUGCUAAUAACUCAGUUUCUACCUUUUAAAGAAAAAAAGAAUCUCUAUUUUGUGUUAUCGGUCUGGAAUUAUGGAGUUGGACACUGGAAAAAAGAAUGCUUCCAGUUAUGACAGCAUCAAAAGCAGUACAAGUCUUUUUUUUUUUUAACAUUUAAAUCAGGUUCAGAGACAUCCGUUCCCAUAGAGCCAAUCACUUCCAAGAAGCAACAUUUAAGAUCUAGGAUUCUAUAAUCUUUAAGAUCUUUACCUGAAAUGCUGUGGGGUGCAGGGAGGUGAAAGCCCUUCUUUUAUCCAGCCUCAUCCAUGGCCUCGCUGUGAACAACCCCAGCUGUCUGGGCACUGCCUGCAUCUGGGUGGCUGAGCUUCCUAAAUCUCUCAGCAAGCCAGGCCUCCAUGGCAGUCAUCUGUGAGUAAUGGGCAUCCGAGGCAAUCCUGGAUUCAGACUGAAAACACUGCAUCUCUUUGGAUGCCUGGAGACAGAAAUAAGCUUUUCUUAAGUUCCUUCAUCUUUUGCAGUACAGAAAAAGAAGAACAUUGUCAGCAUCUGUGAGGUGCUACAGCUUACAGCAAAUCCCACUUCUGAAGUUACUCUUAUUGCUACAACUGUCUUCAAACCUCACCAUCUGCCUACAAAUGAGGAUUGUGGGUUGACAGGUUGUCGCAGCGAAUACAGGACAGCAUCAAGUCCAAAGGCUGUAAGAAUGAAGCUCUUCUGGCUUCAUUCAACUGCUAGAGCCUCACCUGCACCUACAGUGACUCCAGCUUUCUGCCUGAGCCAGCAGGAUCUGACACACAGCAGCUGGUCUGAGAUCUCAGCCACAACAUCUGAUACAAACAGAAGGUCCCCAUCUCCAAUGCUCCUGCUUACAUAAGGCUGUAGUAUCAAGUUUUCAGGUAAGUAAUGGGUUAGAAAGUGAGAACUCUGGUAACGGACAGAAGUGGAAAAAAUUGAUGUGUUUUCAGUUGAUUUGAACCUACUGAAGGUGCAGUUUUGUUCAUUUAAUACUGUGGGGCAGGGAAUCAGUGUUGGAAACAGUGCAGACAGAUCAAAGCAGCUCCUUUCAGAACUCAGCCAGCAUAAGACCACAGCCAAAAACACGGCCUGGCAGAAACCAGAACGCAUCCCCACGUCUCUGCUGAGUGCCCAGAGAUGGGGGAGGUGGGAGGACGACCUCCUGCGUGCUCAGGAACGGCAGCAGAGUGGGCUUCAAUUGCCUUUACAUUCACAGCUGCCUAUUUUGGGCUCGGGAAAGCCCAAAGGGUUCUUCUUGGCCAUGCAGCAAUCACAGCUUCCCCUGCCUUGGGAUUAACACUGCACACCGUAUUCCAUUUCUCACCACGGCUCCCACGUUUCCUUCACAAGCUACAUUACUGAAAUCCCAUGGCUUUGGCAACACUGGUAACUAUUAGCAAGUAGAGGCUGCUUGUUCCUUCUGCCUAACUGCCACUUUCCUCCCUGCAACUACUCCACCCUGGUGUGCAUGGUGAGCUUCUCUUUUGCACAACUUUGCUACCAAAGCAGCUCUGUUUCACAGCCUGUGCAAAUAAGAUACCCACAUACUGACCCCAGACUUGUAUACCUUUGUGUGUGACUGUUUACAUAUAUAUCUGUGAGUUGGGAAAUAAACAAGUUAUCAACUCUACUCCUGCCUGAUUCUGUCAUCUUCCCAUAACACACUGCAGACACAACAUCUGCCUUUAUACCCACGACGAUCAAACGCAGCCCUGUAACUGUGUUCUGCACAACUGAUUCCCCCAUUUGCCAGAAGCAGCAGCCUGCCUGCACACCCAUUACCCAGCCCUGCUAGGUUUGGGGUUUGACAUUCAGCAACCUGAAGCAAUACACCUCCUAGAUAAAUCUUAACGUCAAGAUAAACUGACACUUCUGCUUCAGCCACAUUAGCACUCUAGCAACAAAAGAAGAUACAGCACUCAUCUCCACUUCAUAGUUUCUCACUUUCAUCCUUGUUAAGGUAAGGCUGGGAAAAGUGUGACUGCAGACAGGUGUUCCCCCCCCUCCGAUUUCUGAAGUUUCACAUUGUCCAGCACCAUUCCUGCCCAGAAAAAAAAAAACCUCAAGCUAUUGUGAAAUACUACAAAAUAGAUGUACAUAGCCCCAAACCAAAGGUCAUUCCUCCAGCACACAGAAACUGCAGCACUACAGCCCCCUGCAGCCACCAAAUGCCUCUUCCUGCUGUACAUUCCCCUAGUUAUCACAUUGAUCCCAUCUUAACCUGGGCUACCAGGACAGGAUAGUUAUCAGGCUAUCUGGACUUUGGAAUAAAAUACAACAGAGCAAUUGCUCGCCCCGCACAUCAGUGUAAAUAGGUAAUGCAAAAAACCCUUUUCUACACCAGCACUGUGAUGGAUGUCUCCUACAAAACCCCCAGCUACUGAGGAUCAGAACACAGCUCCUAACUGCAGCACAGCUAUCGACAAAACUAUUUCUGCUGCCUGGAUCAAUGAACCAACGAGCACUGGAGCUUAAAAUGUAAUAACGUGUGCUAGAGAAAUAAGAAUGUGUAGUAGAAAAAGCCAAACUUGCUUUUUGUCCCUAAUUUUUCACAGGAAAACCUGAAACUUAGAACUUGCAGCUUUAUUUCUGAUGGUCUCUAAUGGAAUAGUUGUUUUUCUAGAAACGGCUUUGGCUGCUACCAAGUGUUCAAAGCUGCCUCUACAACAAGGGCAGCCCUUGUCAGUACACCUGCCUUCACAGAGCCAACAGCCACUCACCAAUCAGCAGCAGAGGAACAGGCAUUAUGAAAUGAAAUGGGGAAGCGGGAAAAAGCAGACCUGGGCUGACCUUCCAUCUUGGGAGUCCCACAGACAUUUAAACAAACAAAAAAAUCCCUCACACCAAGAAGCCACGUCAAGAACAGGAUCCCUUCAAUAUUCUCCUCUUCCACACGUGUUGCUUCUCACAGCACUGUUCCUUGGUAUGCUAUUUCUGGGUUCCUAGAAUGAACAAGGACAGCCUGUCAGUCCAAGCAGCACCGCAUGCCAUCAGUAUCCCUCCUCCCCUGGGAUGCUCAUAGUGCCACUGCUGUGCCAUUCACACCCACCCAUCCUCUAAGGAAACAGCAGACUGCCCAUGCAUUGCACCUACUUAUUCUUUUCCUUCUGGGGAAUAAUCAAAACACUGACUUUGAGGUUUAUCUGUUCGACACCUGUCAUCUCAGGGAUACCGGUAACCCGACAUCAAGUAAACUCUGUGGUGUUGUGAAAUAAAGAGUUUUAUUUGCUUUGCUUUAAACUUCUUUGGUGCCCAGAAACAUCAAUAAAAGCGCCACCAAACCCCAGGAAGCGCCUCAAAAAAGAGCCAGGCAGAGUUGCAGCAUCUUCGCAGUUUUGUCAGGCAAUGCAAACGUUCCACCCUGGCAAGACUCAUCACUGAGCUCUGUGAGCCACACAGAAACCCUACUGAGAAAGCCCACCUUCACUGAUUUUGGCACCUUGCUUCGAUUUCAUUCAUUUAAAGGCAGAACAUCUCCUAAACGGACCACGUCACCGAAAAACAACCCCACAAUAAGCAACACAAGUCAAUCUUUAUUGAAAACUGAAGUAUUAAUACAUAACAAUUCUUGUUACAAUAAACGUGCUUUUAAGAAUUUAAAUCUGAGCUCAUCUACUCAUUGAAUUGCAUAAAAAAUAAAAAAAGUAUGAAUUUUCACAAUUGAACUGGCUCAGAAUGGGAUCUCCACUCUUUGUGUUGAUGUGGUAGUUCAAUGCAGGAGUGAGUGAUGCCUUAAAACUUAUCCUGGAAGACAACAUUGACCUAAACUUAAAAAAAAAAUAAUGUACCAAUACAACUGUUUGUAAGACAGUUUUUAAAAAGUCAUAAAAAGGAAACCUGUGUCUAUUUCAUAACAAACAUGGAGAACUAUUACUGGGGCCUCUUGCACUUCCAUUGCAUGCACUCACUUUUCCAAUUCUUAGACAUGAGGGCAGCCAAUAAUAGCAUUACAAUUAAAAAAGAAACACACUAACAAAUUCAUUCUACUUAAAACAAGUCUGUACAGCAGCCAGCUAAAAAAGCUUUCCCAGUUUGCCUGCUAAGUGCCCAAAAGUCACAACAGUUUAGAAAAGUCAUGUUCACUUUCUUGGUGUUGAAACUUCAGAGCCCAUACACUGUUUAGAACUUUGUUAUUUUAUACACAAAUGGACCCUUACUACUACCUGUGGAAUUCAGAUGUUUAAGUGUUAUAUUCAACAUACAAAAGAAAAGGUUUCCUCAUCCCCCAGAUAAACACUGUUCUUCUUCCCUCUUUUCCCUCUGCAAAACCCACCUUACCUUCUCCCAGCACACACACCCCCUGAAAGUUGUCCUCACUACUUCAGAAACAACUCGAUGCUCUUUGAGGCUUGCACAAUCCUAGCUUUGCUGCAGUCGCUCCUUUUAAUUGCAUUCUAACUCAACAAAUCUCAUUAGAAUUGAUAAGACACAAAAUUAGCAAGCUGGCACGUUAUGUAAGAACCAUCUCAACGAGCUUUACUCUGCACUGUUUUUUGGACAAGCGCUCACAAACACGUCAACGUGAGGACUCAUGGAUUGCUUCUGACCCUCAGCAAACAUGAAGGUUGGCCAGUGACACCUGCUGGAGAAAACCACACACGGAUCAUACCAACUACCAGCUACCUACCAACUACUGCACAAACCACAUCUGGGCAACUGCAAAGAACGACGACCACAGCUGUCCUCUUUCCCCACACGUUCCAGCUGAAGCAUCACUACUGCUCAUGUUCCUUACAUGGGAGAUUUCACAUUACCACUCUCUGGUAUGACUCGAAGCCUGGAGUUAAGUGGUGGCAUCAGCUACUCAAGCAAAAAUAUGUUGCAAACCCAAAUGAAUGGUGCCUAAUACCACGCUUAAGCACUGGGGAGCAAUUCCAAGCCAGUUCUGACCAUUUCUUGCUCAGAUCCCUUCAGCAGCCUACGGCCCAAGUGACAGCGAAGCCACCCCACCGUGUGAAGAGCAGUCAGUGUUGGGUAUCCUGGCAUGCAACUCUGUACCAUGAAGUAUCUUCAGACAACACUACGACACUGUGGUACUUACAGUUUGUUUCUUCCUCCAGUGGAUGAAGCGACACGAGGAAGGACUAAAGGAAAGGAUUUUUCUUCCCUAUCUACCACUGCCAUCUCAGCUUUUAAGCAUAGCAAGAUCUAGUAGUAGGCUCUCUGUUCUCCCUCCAAUUGCCUGGUUAAUAACCACCGUGCCACUGACUAGGGCUACGUGCUUUUGGUGCCAAUUAUUAGCCAUUUAUAUUUUGCUGCUGCUACAUUUAAAAGACACUUUCAUCAGUUGUCACUGACGUAGGGAAUACUUCAGUCUUUAAAAAAUAUUUUACCUAAAUUGAACACUUGAAAUUUGAAUUGGAAAAAAAAAAAAAAAAAAAGAAAAAGAAAAAUCUAUUUUGGACUUCUCUCUGUUAUUGCUGCAGUUAUCUCUUCAGUUCCAGGUUUGAAGUAGUACUUUUUUUCUUUUUAAUCAUAUAAAGCUGCCAUAAAAGUUUUCUUUUUUUUUUUUUCUUUUUUUUCUUUUUUUUUUUUUAAAGAGAAGCUUGAUCUGAAAUGUCUCUACAGCACGAGCUCUUCUCAUUGUCAAAGAGCUCUCGUGCAAACAUACUGCGCAUUCAUUUAUAAAGGAAUUCUAAAUAGGGAAUGUUAUAUAAAAAGCAGGAGAGAACAUUUCGUAAGACCCUCACUGUGUAAACGCCUAUUGAACGAUGUACAGCUUCCCCCUCUGCUGUUUUGUAUCCAUGCUUUCUACUAUUUGCAACAAAAUACCAUUAAGAUAGUUAUAUACACACACACACUCCCCUCCUGUCCCCUCCGCACUGUGCUUUUGGUAACUUCCCAUAUCAAACUGCUGGAGAUGUGCUCCACCCUCCCAGUACAUCACAGCUCAUCACAACUGGAAGGUGUGGUACCUCUUAUUUUUUAUUUUUUAUAAGGAAAAAAAGGUAGUUUCCCCCUCGUGGAUGAAUCCCAUAAUGCAACUUAGGAGAAAAAAAAAAAAAGUGCUCAA